UACUUGAAAAUAUCUGUAAGGAGUUGCAGUUUUAAAACAAGAAUCAUUAAUUUAUUUAUGCAUAAUACUUUUAGAAAUCUACAUUCACACAUUAACUUUAAAACAAUAAUCCUUAAAAAAUGUUGUCGGGAUCAAGAUUUUUAUUUUGGACAUUUAUGGCGGGAAACUGAGAGGCGUGAUAGAUAAAGGCAAAGAUCACGAUGAGUGCAUACGAAAAACUCCGGAACAAAAACAUAGAAGAUAACAAGCGUAUUUUAGCAGAGCUUGGACUUUCUAAUUUUCUUCCCAAGUUAUCAAAAGUCACAUUACAAAAGAAAAAGUUGCCAGAAAAAGCAACAACAGAAAAGCAAAAGCCAAAGCAGAAAAGAAAAUUAGAGAUAAGUGAUGAAGAACUUGGAUCAAUUCGAAAAAGAAGAAGAAGGUCUGCACGGAUUCAGGGCAAGGAGGCAGAUGUCCUUGCUUUGGAAGAUGAAGAGUCUAGCAAUGAUGAAGAUGCAGUUAAGCCAUCCCCUAAGGUUUUCAGGCCACACUCCUAUGGGGCUAUUGAGGGUGUAGAAGUUGGAACCACUUGGAUGAUGCGCAUCGAUUGUUCUAAAGACGGCAUUCACAGACCCACAGUUGCUGGAAUCCAUGGAGGGCCAGAAGGAGCAUAUUCCAUUGCCCUCUCUGGUGGCUAUGAUGACAAUAUUGACCUUGGAGAAGGAUUUACUUACACUGGAGAAGGAGGAAGAGAUCUGAAAGGAACAAAGGCCAAUCCAAAGAAUUUAAGAACAGCUCCUCAAUCAAAAGACCAAACCUUAACAAGGGGAAACUUGGCUCUCAGCAAAAAUGUGGAAACCAAGCAGCCAGUGAGGGUGAUUCGGGGGUACAAGCUGACCAGUCCCUUUGCUCCAGAGGAGGGGUACAGAUAUGACGGACUUUAUUCUGUUGAAAAAUGCUGGUUCACCACUGGGUUGUCAGGAUUUGGAGUGUGGAAAUUUGCAUUAAAGCGUUGCCCAAACCAGGCACCCCCACCCUGGACAGUUUCUGAGUCAAAAUCGAGUGGUGAUUCAACAGAUGAAGAGAAAUCAACAGAGACUUAUGAAAGUGAAAUAAAAGGAAAUGAAACCAGAGACUUUAAAGAGAGCAAAGAAUUGGAAAGCAAUUCUGAUUCUCUGAAAGAUAUAACAUGUAGUUCGGCAGAUGAACAAGACAAAAAAUCAAGGGAAACAGAUGAAAAUGAAAUCAAAGAAAAUGGAACCAGAGACCCUACCAAGAGCAAGGAAUUGGACAAAAGUCCUGAUUCUCUGAAAGAUACAGCAUGUAGUUCCACCAAUGAACCAAACACAGCAGCCAGUUCUAAAAUUCUCCAAGAAAAUGCUGAAACAACCAAUGGCGGCAGUGAAGAGGAAGAAGAAAUGGAAACAACAGAUAAGAUCAAUGGCAGUCCUAAGAAGCAAUUGGAUGAUAAAAGUAUAGAGGACAAAAAUGCUUCAGAUAUCAUUGGUGGCACUAAAAAAGUGGAGAAUGGCACUUCUGACAAGAAUCCUAUUGCAAACAAAGAGAAUGAAAAGAAGGAAAAUGACAAACCUGAUGAAAAUCUAAAGACUGGCAAGCAGGAGUUAGAUAGUAAAGCUCUAAAAUGUAAGCUAACAGAAAGUGAUUCAAACAUGUCAUUAGAAAGCUGUGCAAAGGUGGGGCCUACAGAAGCCACAGUUGAUAAUCUGACAAUGGAAGACAAUCCUGAGAGAUAAACACUUAUCCAUAUGUAAUUGCUUCAGAGUGAUUGUAGAGGAAAAGACGGAUGCAUGAAGAGUUGUGUAUAUAAGUUGCAAAGAACUAGCUUGCUAUGUACACUUAUCAUUUUAUUUUUGUACCUUUAAAAGUUGAUAUAUUACAGAAUGCUUCAAUAUUAAACUUAGAUUUUUAUUCAAA